CACUCACUUGACUUUGAUUGACGUUUGAAGUUUCGGAAUACCGAAUCUGCCAUAGUCUUUUUAUUUCGGCCAUUAUUGCCGAUAGGUCGUGGUUUCGUUUAGGUUACGAAUCAGUUCGUAACCUGUUCAUCACGUAAUAUAAGUUUAUAAAAGAUGGUGCAGAAGAAGCCUAAGAAGAAGGUCGGAAAGAAGGUAGCGGCCGCUCCAUUGGUCGUCAAGAAAGUUGAACAAAAAAAGAUUGUUAACCCUCUCUUUGAGAAGAGGCCAAAGAACUUUGCUAUAGGUCAGGAUAUUCAACCAACCCGUGACCUGUCCCGGUUUGUUAAAUGGCCAAAGUACAUCCGUAUUCAGAGACAAAAGGCAGUGCUCCAACGUCGUCUCAAGGUGCCCCCACCAAUCAACCAGUUCACCCAGACACUUGACAAAACCACAGCAAAGGGGCUUUUCAAAAUUUUGGAGAAGUACAGGCCAGAGACUGAAGCAGUACGAAAAGAACGUUUGAGAAAGGCUGCUGAAGCCAAGGUCGCCAAAAAAGAUGAGCCUCCAGCGAAGAGGCCCAAUACAAUCCGCUCUGGAACCAACACAGUUACCAAGUUGGUUGAGAAGAAGAAGGCACAGCUUGUGGUGAUUGCUCAUGAUGUCGACCCUAUUGAGUUAGUCCUGUUCCUGCCGGCUUUGUGCAGAAAGAUGGGUGUCCCAUACUGUAUUGUUAAGGGAAAGUCAAGACUCGGAGCCCUAGUGCACAGAAAGACUUGCACAUGCAUAGCUCUAACAAAUGUGGAGUCUGGAGACCGCGCCGCAUUCUCUAAGGUGGUUGAAGCCAUCAGGACGAACUUCAACGAGCGAUAUGAAGAGCUACGUAAGCACUGGGGAGGUGGACUGCUUGGCAACAAGUCUAAUGCACGCAUUGCCAAACUUGAGAAGGCUAAAGCUAGAGAACUGGCACAGAAACAGGGCUAAGCCAAUAAAACCUAUGUUAUAA